AUGGUCGUUCUCAUUGCCGGCAUCACUGGCUCCCUUGGCCAGCGCCUCGCCCGGACCGCCCUGGACCGCGGCCUCGCUGUCCGUGGUCUCGGCCGUAGCCCCGACAAGCUCGACCCCACCAUUGCCGCCUCCCUCGAGUCCUUCGUCCAAUCGGCCUCCCACGAGGACAUCCCCGCCCUCGACAAGGCCGUCGCCGGCGUCGACUCGAUCAUCAACGCCUACUCGCCGACCGAUAUCCUGAGCCUCGACGGCUCCCUCCUAUUGUUGCGCGCCGCCGAACGCGCCGGCAUCAAGGUCUUCAUUGCCUCCUCCUGGAACUACGACUGGACACGGAUGAAGUAUGGCACAUUUGAGCACUAUGAUACAUGCAUCGCCUUUGAGCAUCAUGCUGCCCUGACAAGCACCAUCCGCCCCGUCUACCUCUUCACCGGCAUCUUCUCCAGCUACAUACUGACGCCCUUUGGCCCCGGCGCCCCCGUCGUGGGGCCCGAAAAGAUCGUCUUCCGCUACUGGGGUGACGAUGGUCUGAAGAAGAAGCACCCCUGGGUCACCCAGGAUGAUGCUGCCGCCUACACCAUCGACGUCCUCCUCCACGGCCAGGGCGUGCAGGACGGCCAGGGCGGCUUCUUCUACAUCCCAUCCGGACGCAGCACCCUCGUCGAGAUCGCCGAGGCGUACGGCCGCGUCAGCGGGAAGCCCUACGGCAUUGAAAAGGCUGGUAGCCUCGACGAGCUGCGGCAGCAGAUUGACGAGUCGCGUAAGCGGUUCGGCCGGGGCCGGUCGUGGGAUUAUGCGUCGCUCGCCGCCGAGCUCCUAACCAACAGUGGCAUUUUCGAGAUGGCCGACGAGCAGCUGUACGACGUGAACAAGGUCAAGACGGCGACGACACUGGAUGAUGCUCUGCGGGAAUUUGUCUAG